AUAGAAAAAACACUUCCUCUUCUUAUUAUAUACCAAAUAGAGAAGUAGGAAGCCAGAUGAGUGUGCCAUUGAUUUGGACAGCUGUCAUUGUGUCACUUCACACAUCGUUUAUCUCACUUUACAGCCACAGAAAACAAUUAUUGGAGCUGUUACAAGAUCACAAAGAAUAUUCCAACAUGAACUGCUUCCUCUUCCUGAUGUGCUACAUAGCAAUUGUGGGUGCACAAAUGAGUGGAAGUGAAGGAUUGACACCAGAUGAUUUAGGAGAUGAUAUUGAUGACAACGGUAUCCCAGCUUCUCAGUCAACUUCCCAGGCUACUCCAAGCAGAAUCAUUACCCAUAAUACUGAGGCCAACAGCAUUUCUGGGACCAGGCUGUCCAGCACUCAGUCACUAACAGAUGUCCCCCAAAGUCGAAGCACGUCAUGGCCCCCAAAGACAACACAAUUUGACGCUUUGUUCUUCAAAAUGGACCAUCUACAGGUGUUGAUGGUGUCAGGCGGACUGAUCAUACUCUGUUUCAUUCUGCUGCUCUCUGUCUUUCUGUUGGCUUGGAAGGUGUGCCGCUUGAAUAGGCGCAUCAAAGAGCUGAGCAGCAACGCUGACCUGAUCAGCACCUCUGAGUACUGGAUGGGAACAGGCAAGAAGAACAAAAGCAAGUCCGAGACAGAACCCAAGGAGACAACCGUGUUAAUGUCAGACAUGAGUCAAACCAAGGAGGAGAGGGGUAACGGCACCACCAAGGAAGAAGGGGAGAAGGAGAACAAUACGGAGGAAGGGGACACGACCAAAAGUGAGGAAGCUGCAGCUACACCUGUAGCCGCCUGUGAAAGUUCACCCUCCUCAGAGCCCAAAGAGGAGGCCAUUGAAGCCACGGCAGCCCCCUCCCCUGAGGGCACAGAGGAACCAAAGGAUGUGGUGUAAAGUGUGUGUGUGUCUGUGUGUGUGUGUGUGUGUGUGUGUGUGUGUGUGUGUGUGUGUGUGUGUGUGUCUGUGUGUGUGUGUGUGUGUGUGUGUGUGUGUCUGUGUGUGUCUGUGUGUGUGUGUCUGUGUGUGUGUGUGUGUGUGUGUGUCUGUGUGUGUCUGUGUGUGUGUGUCUGUGUGUGUGUGUGUGUGUGUGUGUGUGUGUGUGUGUGUGUGUGUGUGUGUGUCUGUGUGUGUCUGUGUGUGUGUGUGUGUGUGUGUGUGUGUGUGUGUGUGUGUGUGUGUGUGUGUCUGUGUGUGGCCAAAGAGAAUAUAGAGCAACUGCCAUUUCUUCACCAAAUCUUUUUUUAACACCUUUACUUCAAAUAAAUGCAAACUUUUCCUGAAGACGAUGCUUUACACUUUACAGUAAGUUUAUAAACAAUUUGUGCUUAUAAGUCUGUCAAACUAAGCAAUAAUUGAACAUUUAAAAUGAUGCAUUGUAUUUUCUGUUAUUUGUAUAUUUUGUAUCUUAUUUUAAUAGACUUUUGUGCAAGUUGAUGUGUGUCUUAGAUGCUUGACUACAAACUAUGGAUUUAAGUAAUUGUAACUUAUGCUCCAUGUCGAAGAGUAAAACCGUAGAUUGUAAGGUUAUUCUUGAAUUUCUAACUAUGAAACUGUUUCCGUUUUACUGGCUGUGCUUGUGUGAGUGUGUGGGGGUGUGUCAGAGUGUGAGCGCUCUGCUUGAUUAGCAAGCAGAGUCUGUGCCUCUUCCGGGCAAUGCCUCUCGACUAGGAAAGAAGGCUCUUUUCACCUCAGCCUGAGCUGACAAAGCUGCACAAUAAACCUCUUUUUUAAACUAUA